UCACAAUGGAUAAGGUGCAUAGUAACCAAAAAAAAUCAACAUUGAACCUUGUCCCUUCCUUCCUUCACACAUUCCACUGAUCAUUCAGAAAAUGGCAACCUCUCCAUUCACCUCCCUUUUCCCAUUCACAUCUUCAUCAACUACAUCUCAUUCAAAGCUCUCACAUUUUCGUGCAUUCAUCAAAGCCUCAUCUUCUAUCUCAGUUCCAAGAAGAGAAUUCUUGAAGGGCAUUGCUCUUUCACUACCACUUAUUGCUCUCACAGAACCACCACAGUCACAAGCUAGAGAAGUUUCAGUUGGUUCUUUCCUCCCUCCUUCAUCAUCAGACCCUUCUUUUGUUCUCUUCAAAGCUUCUCCUAAAGAUACUCCUGCCCUUCGUGCUGGAAAUGUGCAGCCAUACCAGUUCAUCCUUCCCCCAACAUGGAAACAGCUUCGGAUAGCAAACAUACUAUCAGGAAACUACUGUCAACCAAAAUGUGCAGAGCCAUGGGUGGAGGUUAAAUUUGAAGAUGAAAAACAAGGAAAAAUUCAGGUUGUGGCUUCACCUUUGAUACGCCUAACCAACAAACCAAAUGCAACAAUUGAGGACAUCGGGAGCCCAGAAAAGCUUAUCGCUUCUCUUGGUCCAUUUGUCACCGGAAACACUUUAGAUCCGGAUGAGCUCCUCGAGGCUUCAGUUGAAAAGAUUGAUGAUCAGACGUACUACAAAUAUGUGCUUGAAACUCCAUAUGCUCUUACUGGUUCACACAAUCUUGCUAAAGCAACCGCAAAGGGAAACACUGUUGUUUUGUUUGUGGCUAGUGCCAAUGACAAGCAGUGGCAAACUUCUGAGAAGAUUCUAAAGACCAUGCUUGAUUCCUUUAAAGUUUAGUUUUCUGUUAUUAAAGGUAAAUAAGAUAACUUUACCUUCUGUUUAUUUCCUUGUAGUUUUUUGUUUAUACAGGAUUAUUAGGCAAGAGUUGUAUUGGUCCCCAUUUGAAUUUUUUGAUCUGAAGUUGCAAUCAUAUCUUCAUGUCUUAAUAGAACAACUUGUUCUUGUCAAUGCUCUAUCCAGAUAGAA